AGUCCAAUCCUAUCCUGGCAAAGAACAAGAGAAUUUGAGAAGCAGCAGUUUCCAAUUAAGCAAUACCAGUAAACACACCCGUGUCCAAUGAGAGAGGAAAGAAAGUUGCUUUCAUUUUUAAGAUUUUUUCUGCUCGGGGAGCCCGCACAGCAAUGGCUGACAAGAGACAGGAAGAAGAUCCCAUCUAUAAGGCCAAGUCAAUUGCCAGGAACAUGAUCGAUGGCUUUUUUGAUGAUUUGAUAGAAAAAAAUGUUAUAAAUAAGGAUGAGUUACAAAGGUUGGGAGAAGGAGUGGACAGCAUUGUGAACAAGACUGAAAGUCUACUUGAGGAUAUCACUGAGAAAACUGAAAUGACAGGCAAAAUACUUAUGGACCGUAUCUUAAACCCCAAGAAACUACUGUGUUUGCAUUUAUCCAGUGAUGGAGAAAGAGGGCAGAACACGCCUGGCCUCAUCAUCCACAACAAAGAUUUUGAUCAUCUUUGUAAACGAUGGGGUUCUGAAGAUGACCUUGUGGGGAUGCAAGACCUGCUAGAAAGCCUUGGAUACUCAGUGGUUGUAAAAGAGAAUCUUACAGCCCUGGAAAUGGUAGCAGUGCUAUGUGAGUUUGCUGCCCGCAAAGAGCACCGAUCCUCGGACAGUACAAUCUUGGUGUUUAUGUCACACGGUGUCCUGGAAGGAAUCUGUGGGACAAAACACAGAGGAGAAGAACCAGAUAUACUUCACGAUGAUACAAUCUUCCAAAUUUUCAACAACCGUAACUGCCAGAGUCUAAGAGACAAGCCCAAGAUCAUCAUCAUGCAGGCUUGCAGAGGAAGAGGUGAUGGGGUUGUUUGGGUACCAGACAUGGGAGAAGCCUCUGCAUUGAGGUAUUGUUUCUGGAGUGAUGCUGUUACAAAGACCCACGUGGAGAAGGACUUCAUUGCGUUCAAAUCAUCAACUCCACAUAAUAGCUCUUGGAGAGGGGUCAAAACUGGCUCUUUAUUCAUUUCCCAAAUUAUCUACCACUUCAAGGAAUAUGCUUGGUGCCAUCAUUUGGAGGAGAUUUUUCGAAAGGUUCAACAUUCAUUUGAGACACCAAAGGUACUGGCCCAGAUGCCAACGAUUGAAAGAGUAUCCAUGACCCGGUAUUUCUACCUCUUCCCUGGGAACUAAGGACAAAUGGAGACAUUAUGGUCUCUAUGAUUCUCCUACUUUAAAAGGUCAAUUUUUCAUGAAGAAUAUUUUUGUACCAAACAUUCAAUUGCCUACCCUUUACAAAUGCCAGGCUAAAAUCAUAAUCUUACUGCUAUUGAAUUAAUGCUCAAUAAAGUUCCUUUAAAAGUA